UGGGAGCAAACAUGGCGGACGAAGAAAGCAACUCAAGCAAGUCGCAUAGACCUAAACAAUCUGGCCCAAAGGCCGGCAAAAAGAAAAGUAGAAGUGAAGAUAAAGACAAAUCAAACAAUAGCAAACAUAAUGCCAAAGCUUUCACGUUCAAUUCAGUCGUAAAAGCUGCUAAACAGUUUCGCCGAUCGAAGGACAUUGAAACCAAAAAGCAUCAUGUUCCAGUUGUUGAUAGGACACCAUUAGAACCUCCCCCGAUCAUUGUUGCUGUAGUUGGCCCUCCGAAAGUAGGGAAAACGACACUUAUUAAUUCACUUCUYAAGAACUUUACUCGACAGAAUCUUUCUAACAUUCAAGGACCUGUUACACUUGUCUCAGGAAAGAAGAGAAGAAUCACGUUGAUAGAAUGUGGGAAUGAUAUCAAUUCCAUGAUAGAUAUUGCUAAAAUAGCAGACCUGAUUCUUCUACUGAUUGAUGCAAGUUUUGGCUUUGAAAUGGAAGUGUUUGAGUUCCUGAAUAUUUGUCAAGUUCAUGGUUUUCCUAAGAUAAUGGGUGUACUCACACACCUUGAUAUGCUUAAGAAUAAUAAAUCACUUAAAAAGACAAAGAAAAAACUCAAAGACAGAUUCUGGACUGAAGUCUAUCAGGGAGCAAAGUUGUUUUAUCUUUCUGGUUUGGUUCAUGGCUGCUAUCCUAAAGUAGAGGUUCACAAUCUUGGCAGAUUUAUUUCUGUCAUGAAGUUUCGGCCUUUAACAUGGCAAACUUCUCAUCCCUACAUAUUGGCUGACAGGAUGGAAGACUUAACUGAUCCUGAGAAUGUAAGGCAAAACCCAAAAUGUGAUCGGAAGGUUUCAUUGUAUGGAUAUGUGAGAGGUGCUYAUCUGAAGUAUAACACAAAGGUCCAUUUAUUAGGGUGUGGUGAUUACAAGUUAGACGACCUWAGUCUUCUUAGAGACCCUUGUCCAUUACCUGAUAAAGAGAAGAAAAGGACACUUAAUGAGAAAGAACGACUUGUUUAUGCUCCCAUGUCUGGUGUUGGAGGUAUUGUCUAUGAUAAGGAUGCUGUAUACAUUGAUCUUGGUGGAAGUCAUUCUGGAAAAGUAGACAUUGAGCAAGAAACAAAAGAUGCUGAGGACAGCAGCAAACCUGACAAUGAACUGAUGUCAUCACUCAUUGAYACAAAACACACCUUGGACAGUAAAAUCGCAUCAAGUCACAUGACUUUGUUUAAGGAUGGAAUAUCUGUUUCAACACAAGAAUUCACAGAGAACAACAAUUUACCAGCACAACAAACAUUACAMAGUAAAGAUGGUAGAGUCAGGCGUAAAGCACUCUUUGAUGGAAGUGAAGAUGAAUCUGAUGACGAUUYUGAUGAUGAUGUCCCAUUUGCUGAUAAGGAUGAUGAAGAUAUUAGUGGUUCUGAUGAUGAURGUGCRGAUGAUGRUGAUGAUGAUGAAUUUCCACUUGAUGAUGAUUUUGAUGAUGAUGACGUCCUGAGUGAUAACUUGAGUAAUAAUAAUGAUGACAAAACCAAGGAUGGCAUCACAUUACUUCAGAACCCUGGUUUGAAACGGAAAGCUAUGGAAAAUGCAAUGGACUCUAAUGGUAGUGACAAUGAGUUUUAUGAGGAAAGUCUUAAUCAAUCUAAUACAUCAAAGAAAAAUAAAAAAGAAGAAAAGUCAAGUGAACGAGUCGAUUCAGAAUUAAAGAGAAAGAAGAAGAAAAGAGAAAAGACUAAUAAUUCAUCAGAUGAGGAUUCAGAUAAUGAGUUGGARAUGAAAACAAAAAGAAAGAAGAGUUCUAAGAUUAAUGAAAAACUGUCUUCUGACUUAUCGAAAAGAUCUAAAAAUAGCAUUCCAAGUACAAAACCUCAAAAGCAAGAUAGUUCUGAAAGUGAAACUGAUAGUGAAGUAGACUUUGAAAGUAAUGAUGAAAGUGACAAUGUAUGYGAUGACAAGAUGGACAAUGGCGACGUUAAUAAUUCUGAAAAUGAUUCUGAAUCAAUUAUCGAGGAAGAAAUACAGUCAGACAGCGACAAUGGCCGGUUGAAGUGGAAAGAUAAUAUCUUACAAAAAGCAAGUGAAGCUUUCUACAAACAUCAGCAAAGCACACCUAACCUUCGUAAGCUAGUUUAYGGUAAAGCAGCUAAUGAAACGGCCUCAAAGAACCACAUCGACAGCGACGAAGACGACCAGACAAUUGGCGGGUUUUUCAAAGUCAAAUCCAAGAAACGAGAAAUAGACGAUGUUAUGCAAAUGAGAGAUUGUUCCCUUGAGGACGAAGGAAGCCUGGAUCUACAGGAAGUGAUUGCAAAUAUUCAAGACUGUUUUGUUACGGGAAAGUGGAAUGAAGACGAAGACGCAGARCAAUUGCUAAAACAGGAUGAUCAAUUAUCGGAURACGAGAUUUACGGCGACUUUGAAGAUCUAGAAACUGGAGAAACGCACUCUGCAAACGAUGCUGGUGAGAAAGAAGAUGAAGAUGAAACACAGCAAAGUGAAGAAGACGAGCAAAAGGAAAAGCAAGAUAAAAUGUCAAGAAUUGAAAAGAAAAAGAAACUGAAAGCUGCUUUUAAUUCACAAUACGACGAAGGUGACGAAGCAUCAUUUUACGAAGAGCUUAAGRAACAAAUGAGCGAACAGGCUCAGUUAAAUCAGCRWGAAUUUGAAGACAUGGAUGAUGAGACAAGAGUUCAGUACGAGGGCUUCAGACCAGGAAUGUACGUCAGRGUUGAGUUAAAGAACAUGCCUUGCGAGUUUGUGACUAACUUUGAUGCACGAUAUCCCAUCAUUCUUGGCGGGGUUUUAUCCAAUGAGGAUACUCUUGGCUACAUUCAGGUUCGCAUUAAGAAACAUCGAUGGUUUAAACGUAUYCUCAAGACACGUGAUCCACUAAUACUGUCGAUUGGAUGGCGAAGGUUUCAGUCACUGGUAAUGUACUCUAUGCAAGACCAUAAUGGCCGACAUAGGCUGUUAAAAUACACUCCUGAACAUCUUCACUGCACAGCUUCUUUCUACGGACCUCUCGCUCCUCCAAAUACCGGCGUUCUUGCUGUCCAAAGUAUAGCUGGCUCAACGUCGGACUUUCGUAUAUCUGCUACUGGGACAGUAUUAGCGUUGGACAAAUCAAUAGAAUUGGUUAAAAAACUCAAGUUAACUGGUACUCCAACAAAAGUCUUCAAAAAUACAGCCUUCAUCAAGGGUAUGUUCAAUUCAUCUUUGGAAGUUGCUAAAUUCGAAGGUGCUUCAAUAAAAAGCGUCAGCGGUAUUCGCGGUCAAAUUAAGCGUGCGAUUAAGGCACCAGAAGGAGCUUUUCGAGCAACAUUUGAAGAUAAACUAUUAUUAAGUGAUAUUGUGUUCGUGAGAACCUGGUACCCAGUAACCAUCCCCAAGUUUUACAACCCCGUGACGUCAUUGCUACUUCCAAACGAGGCUAAGGUGGCAUGGGAAGGAAUGAAGACAGUUGGUCAGUUGAGGAAAGCUGCUGGAAUCAAAGCACCUGUCAAUCAAGACUCCAUCUAUAAGCCUAUUGAACGUCAAAAGCGGCAUUUUAAUCCAUUGGUAGUACCUGGCAAACUUCAAAAGAAUCUACCAUUCAAGUCCAAACCAAAAGAUAUGAAGAAACGRAGAAAACCAACGAUGGAAGCUAAACGAGCCGUUGUCAUGGAACCGCACGAAAAGAAGGUUUACACACUGAUGCAGCAAUUAUAYACAGCAAACAAGGAAAAAGUCCGUAAACGCAAGGAGAAAAUGGACGAGAAACGAAAAAUCCACAAAGCAGAGCUGGCAAAGAUUGACGYUAAAMGACAACAGAAGAGAAAAGACGAAAGAAAGAAAGUAUUUAAAAUGAUGGCUCGGGCUGAAAAGAAAAAGAACUGAGAAUMCUGAGGAGAUUUUACCAAAAAUUAACGCCGGAUUUUGAAUWAAAACAUUAUUGUCUUAAUGUCUAUCUCUUGACUUGCAUCGAAAAGAGAGUUUGGCACUGACAAAUACUGUACAUGACCAGAGCUUUCUAAGAAAGGAAAAUGAAAAUGUAAAUAACAGCAAGUUGYCCAAAAAUUAAAUGAAUGGUAAAAAUAAAUUUAUUUCAUGGUAUGACGUGUUUUGGUUAUACCCGGUG